UGCUUUAUUCACAUUGGGAGCAGUCCCUGUGUGUGUGUGCGUGUGUGUAGAGACGGGUUAAGGAUAAACAGUUUGGGCUAAAUGGGUGAUUACGGGUUCGCCUUACAGUCGGCGCUCCUCAGCAGUAGCGGCAGCUAUAACAGUCUCCCUCUCGCGUCGCUUUCAGCGUCCAAGCACCGUAGCAGUCCAACGAAUGUGGUGUACGAUAUCCUCAAUAAUAACUCGUCUCUGUUUCUCCCCCUUGCAGCUCAGCAAACCAUGCAGGAUGAUUUACUGAUGGACAAAAGCAAAGCUCAGCCUCACCAGCAGCAGCAGCAACAGCAGCAGCCAGACCCAGCGAGCGUCGAGCCUCCUUCCACGCCGACUCCCUCACCGUCCGAGCCGGCGAUCUCUGAGGACAGCAGCCCGUCGAACGGGAGCAGCCAAGCGCCUUCGGUCCAAAGCAGCAAAGAGAAAGUAGCAAUGGAGUCGCCGAUCCUGCCGGGUCUGGGCUUCCCGGAGACCGGCGGCAACUCCUUGUCUCCUUCGUUCGCCAGCACUUGGUCGUCGGGAACGGCGAACGCGGUGGACGAUAGUUUUUUCCAAGGAAUCCCCUCGGUGAACGGCACCAUGCUUUUCCAGAACUUCCCGCACCACGUCAACCCGGUUUUCGGAGGCGGCUUUUCGCCGCAGAUCGGCUUGGCACAGUCACAGCAGCAGCAAGUACAGCAGCAGCAGCAGCAGCAGAGGAGGUCUCCGGUCAGCCCCAACCAGGCUGCUUUUCCUCAGCGGAACGCGUACAGCCACCAGGCCGUGGUGAACAGCAAGGCCUCGCCGUCCUCGUCCUCCUCGUCGUCGGCGUGGAGCGCUCAGCAGAGCGCCGUGUGGAGCUCCGGCUCCAACCCCUGGAGCGGGCUGCCGGCCGGCCGGGACCCGCGGAGAGCCGUCGGGGUCGGUGUAGGAGUCGGCCUGCCUUCGGCUCUUAACCCCAUCUCUCCGAUGAAGAAGCCCUACCCGACUAAUGUCAUCGCCCCGCCGAAGUUCCCCAGAGCCGCCCCGCUCACCCCAAAGCCCUGGCUGGAGGACAACGCCUUCAGGACGGACAACGGCAACAAUAUGUUACCUUUUCAGGACCGGAAUCGGCCCUUUGAUCCAUUUAACUUGCAAACUUUGGAGAAUUCCUUAAUGGAUAUGAUAAGGACUGACCACGACAAAGGUAAACACCACCCUGUCGGGGGCCCACCAAUGACUAUCGCUGAUAUUGUAUGGAGGAAUCAUUUUGCAGGACGCAUGGGUCUGAACUUUCACCACCCAGCAGCAGAACACAUAAUGCCACUGACCAGGAGUUAUGGUCGCAGAAGAGGUCGCUCAUCACUGUUUCCUUUCGAGGAUGGCUUUUUGGAUGAUGCUCAUGGAGAUCAGUCUCUCACUCCGGGGCUGAACUCCCCCACUCGCUGUCAGAACGGUGAGAGGAUGGAGCGUUAUUCCAGGAAGGUCUUUGUUGGUGGACUGCCUCCAGACAUAGAUGAAGAUGAGAUCACCAAUAGUUUCCGUCGCUAUGGACACCUGGUGGUGGACUGGCCCCAUAAAGCAGAAAGCAAGUCCUACUUUCCUCCUAAAGGUUACGCCUUCCUGCUUUUCCAGGAAGAGAGUUCCGUUCAGGCUCUCAUCGAUGCCUGCAUUGAGGAAGAUGGAAAACUCUACUUGUGCGUCUCUAGCCCCACUAUUAAAGACAAACCAGUCCAGAUCCGCCCGUGGAAUCUGAGCGACAGUGACUUUGUGAUGGACGGCUCUCAGCCUCUGGACCCUCGCAAGACCAUCUUUGUGGGAGGAGUCCCUCGACCUCUGCGCGCAGUGGAGUUGGCAAUGAUUAUGGACCGGCUGUAUGGAGGUGUGUGCUAUGCUGGCAUUGACACUGACCCUGAGCUGAAGUAUCCUAAAGGAGCAGGUCGAGUGGCCUUCUCUAACCAGCAGAGCUACAUCGCUGCCAUCAGCGCUCGAUUCGUCCAGUUGCAGCACAACGACAUCGACAAACGGGUGGAGGUGAAGCCGUACGUGCUGGACGAUCAGAUGUGUGACGAGUGCCAGGGUGCGCGCUGUGGAGGCAAGUUCGCCCCGUUCUUCUGUGCCAACGUCACGUGCCUGCAGUACUACUGUGAGUACUGCUGGGCCAGCAUCCACUCACGCGCCGGCCGCGAGUUCCACAAACCGCUGGUGAAGGAGGGAGGAGACCGACCACGCCACGUCUCCUUCCGCUGGAGCUGAUGGAGGAGUCACUCGUCCUCCCUCCCAUCACUUCUUCACUCCCAUCAUCCCCUCCAACCAACUAACCACCACCAUCACCAUCACCACGACUACAACCGAAGAUAACAUGGGUCUUCUUUUAUCCUUUCUUUUUUUUUUUUUUUUUAAAUUACAGCUCUUAAUAUCUUUGUCCACCAUACUCUCUGCUAAUGAACAUUCACUCGAAUAAGAAUUUUGAGUCUUUCUGCUCAGAAAUUUGCACUUUGGCACACAUGUACACACUUGAUGUUAGCUAGGUCAUGACAAUACUGUUCUUUUUUUCAAGUUUACUUCAAUUUCCUCUUGAUUUAGUCAGUCAGUGUUUCCCAAUAGGACAUCAUUAGACAAGAGUGAGACUAUACACACACACACACACAGACACACACACACACACACACACACACAUAUAUAUAUAUAUAUAUAUAUAUAUAUAUAUAUAUAUAUAUAUAUAUAUAUAUAUAUAUAUAUAUAUUUAAAAAAAAGAUUAUAUUUUUGUUUUUUUAAACUAUAUAUAUAUACGCAUAGAUAAUUCCUUUUUUAAUUUUUUUAAUUUAAUUUAAUUUUUUUUAAGGAGCAUGCACUUGUUUUCAGAAAACCUAUAUCAUUGCCCCAAGUAGAAAAUGUGAGGGAACAAAAUUACCAAAGGUGAAAAAUCAACCUUUAUUAAGGGUAAAAGAAAAAAAAAAAAAAUCAUAAAUGAAUCUAAAAUUAGAAUACACCUAUUUGCUCUCCAUUUUGAAAAUAGUUAAUACCUCAUGUGCACAAUCAGAUUUUGUUUCCUUCGCUUAUAAUUUUUAGGCCUUUAUUUUUUUUAAAUAAUAAUAUUUUUUAGUGUUAUGUACAUGUAAUGCUGCAAUAGCUUUUGCUGCUAAAUCCAUGGUAUAUUGAUGUAUACCAUAGUACUUUAUUCAGGCUGGGGAGUGGAUGAGAAUCAGUUAGGGCACCUGGUUGGGAGGUGAACAGGCCGGCAUGAGCGCGAGCAUCGGCCUCGGUGCGGUCGGCUUUCGCCCCUGAACUGCAUGUUUAUCCAAAUCAGGUCGCUGCAUGCAAUAGAAUUUUCAGUAUCAAGUCUAUUAUUCAUCUUGGCCCACUUUGCACAUGACACAGAGCAGGAAAGCGCACAGGAGACGGAGACGCUGCGAGAGGAAAGCCCAUCUCACACGUCGGUUCGUUUUCGAUCUCGCUGAUCAUAUGUCAAUAACUAAAAGCGUGAGCAGACGACUAAAACGCAGUUCUGAUUUAAAAGGCCUAGAUGUAGGAUAAGCCUUCAAACAAGCUGUCUCUAGUAGGUGAAGAACAUUUUCUUUUUCAGUGAUUGUUAAAAUAAUUGUGCAAUUUUUUAUACAGUAUGUAGUUAGGUUUGAGUAUAUGCCUAGAACUGUGAUUCGCUUUAACUGUUCUUGAUGUCUAACAAGUCCUGUGAAAACUUCAUAACCAGUGUAUACAGUACACACACACACACACACACACACACACACACACACACACACACACACACACACACUCUCUUACAUACAGUCUUCCCUGUCCCUCUGUUCCGUAUACACUGACACACGCACACACUUUUGAUAGUUCUCACUCACACAGGAUGUAUAAAAACUACCCCUUCCCUAAAAACUACCAACACCAUUCACUAGAACUAAUACCACGUCAGGCCUCGUUGCUUCUGCCUGACUAGUGAAGUGAUCAGUAGACAAAAAAAAAAAAAAAAGUACUGCAGUGAUGUGUGUGUGUUUCCCUCAAAGACCCACAUAAAGAGUUCAGACAGUGUGACUGCAGCACAUUGGAUUAACAUCAGAACAUUGUGUGCUCGCCGCAUUUAUAUAUCUAUAUAUCUCUAUAUACACAGAUUUUCCUGCAAAGCUUGAAGAAUAGAACCAACCUGCUAAUAAUGAUGGUGGAUAUUUUUUUAAGACUAUGGUAUGGGCUUGAGAGAGGACGAGUGGGAGUUUAGGAGAAAACAAGUAUUGGCUGCUGAUGUGAUGCAUUUAAAAGUGAGACAGGGUUUACGAGCCCAUGACAGUCCCGAGCUCGGUGUUUCACGGAGCGAAUCGUAGAUCGUCCUAUCCCAUGUUCCCCUAGUGACGUUUGUCACACUGGAAAAGGCCGCAGCAACCGUGGCUCGGGUUUUUAAUCCUAAACCGUCACCUUUAGGAUGGAACACUUUGUUCGCUUUUGAAAAAAAAAAAAAAAAUGAUGUAAAACAAGAGCUACUUUUUUUACUGAUGGAAAAAACAACAACAACAGAAAACUAAUCAUGAAUAGCAAUGAGGAUCCUUAUGGACGUGAAUUCUGGGGGGUUUGUGAUAUUUCCUUCCCAACCCAGAAGGGUUUUCUAGAUCUGUUCCUUUUCUGUAAUAGACAUUUGUUAUGCACUACUCUUUGUAUCUAGAUAGUUAGCUAUCAGUCAGCUAUUUUUUUGUUGAGAGAGAGAGCGAGCGAGAGAGAGAAAUAGAAAUUGUGUGCUUUCUGACUGACGUGAUCUUUUGCAAUACCUCAAUUUUGAAAUAUAAUAGGAGAGAAAUCAAUAUUUUCUAAGUAAGUUUAUUCAAAUACAAAAUAUAUAUUAAUUUAAAUUUGCAAGAAAAUGAUUUAACAGAUUGUUAAUUUUAUUUUUGUCAUGUUUAUUUGCUUUUAUGUUUAAUUUUAUUUUUUUGAGAAAAAAAAUGAUAAAAAAAAAGCAACUGAAGGAGCUAGAGCUUUAUGACUUUAAUAGAGUAAGAGUCAGCUGAAGUAGAGAGACGACCUUAACACGGCGUAAAUGGAGAGAGAGGUUCGCCACCCACACGCCACAGUGUUAAAAAAAGAGUUCAUACAAAAUCCUACUCCAGAGAAAAACAAAAUUAAAAAAAAAAACCAACAAAAAAAAAAAAAACAUGGAGUCGACAUCCAUUAGGUGCUUAAAAAGUCAACUGACGAUACUUCCCUUGGUUUUGUAUGUUUAUAAUCAGUCAUUUACUGACCAGUGAAACUAAAUUUUUUUUGUUUGUGAUUUUUUUUAAAUGAAAAGCUUUUUUAUGUUUCUUAAGUGUAGCCCAUUUGUUUUGUAAAAGCAAAUUGCCCUACUUUGUUAACCUGACCUAAUUUAAGCUAAACUGAUCUUCGAGGGUUCUUGAUUAAAUGGAGAAAAAGGAAAGAAUGUUCUUUUUUUUAUUA